AUGGCACCCACAUCCAUCGAAAAACGCGGCCGCAACAGCUACUCCUCGGACGCGGACGAGGAGGCCUCCCUCCCACUAUACGACAUGUCUCGCGACGAGUCCACACUCCCUCUCUACGCAGCAGGCAGUAGCAGUGCCGCUCGCGAACGUCCCGCUCUUCCAGACAAGAAGGCCACUCCUCAAGAGAUCCGCGACUUCCUCACUGAGCUGCUGGUCGCCACUCGAGGUCUGCCUGUCCCCGAGGCCCAGGCAAUAGCUUCGGCGUGGAGGUUGGGUUCCGGUCAGGAGCUCCUCGGAUACCCGCCGCAAAUGUACAGACAGCUGUUCGGAAACGAGAAUGGAUGGGUCGUCUGCAAAGAAGCGAGGCUGUUGAUCACAGAAACGGAAUGGAAGAAGGGCAUGGGCAAACGGGGAACCGCCAUCUGCUUCGCUGCCUGUCUCACCACGCUGCUGUCUCUCGUCACAACCAUCUCUUUGACCAACGACGACGUGACUCUAGGCAUCUGUAUCCUCGCCGCCGCGUUCGCGGGAUUCGCCACGCUCACGUCUUUCAUUGUACUGUGUCUCCCGACGCCGACGGCCGAAGCGGCGGUCGACUCGGAGUUGAAGGCGUCGUUCUUCAAAAACUCCGGGGAGCAGGUAGGAGGACAAUCGUAG